AUGACUCUCGAGCUUCAAACCGUUGAUCCCGAAGUGGAUUUCCCAGCCAUUGCACGGGGCAUGUUUGACUCUUAUGAAAACCCUUCACAAAAGUUUUUCCACGUGUUUUUCCCCAUCCAUGGAACGAGCGAAGAAGCCCGGGAAAAUGCCAUCGACGAAGCAGCAACUAGGCUGAAGCUCUGGCAUACGCACGAUCCAUCCAGCCACUGGCAAAAGGUCGUUGAUACUGGAACUGGGAAAAUUGCGGGUGGGGCCUUGUGGAAAAUUCACAAAGAGAAUCCAUUUGCGAACCCGCCUCCUUCCACAGUGACCUGGUUUCCCGACGACAGCACCCGCAAAUUUGCCGCACAGGCAAUGCAGACACAUUCUGGACCUCGGUCUAGAGCCGCGCCGAAACCUCAUAUCUAUCUCUUCAUCAUCUUUACCCAUCCAGAAUAUCGACGCAAGGGUGUUGGCCAGCAAUUUAUGGACUGGGGUAUUAAGAAAGCAGAUGAGUUGGAAUAUGAAUUCUUUCUGGAAGCAACACCCUAUGGACGACCCCUGUAUGAGGCGAAUGGUUUUGUCUACGUUGAAGAAUUCGUCAAUCAGCCGCAAACCGAUACUCCGGACGGAAAGUGGAAGGAGAUCGAACAGAAAGUAGGCCCCUUUACUUUCUGGCUCAUGAAGAGGCCACUUGGUGGAAAAGUUGAGGCAAACAACACGAGCAAGCAGUUGAAAGACAAUUAA